AUGACGUCCCUCCGCCGGCCUCUUGCAUCCGGGGCCCGGCGCCGGCCGGGCACGGGCGGGGGGAGGAGAGGAGGCGGCGGCGGCGGCGGGGGGAGCAGCGAGCGCCUCCGGGUCACACGGGGACCGGCACCGCCCCUGUGCCGCGGCCGGGAGCCGCUAGAGGGGGCUCGGCGACCCCCGGUCCGGGCGCGGGGCUCACGCGGGCUGCGGGCGGUGUCGGUCCCCGUGCGGAGGGGAGGGGACGCUCCGCUCCCCGCCGCAGACCUUCGGUACGAGCUCCUGCUCGCCCGUCCCCGCCUCUUGGGCCGAAGGUUCCCUUCUCGGGUUUAUCCCUCCAGUCCAUGUUUUAUCUCUCCGCGCCCAAAGAGCGGCCAUAAACGCUGGCCCGGCCCCCGGAGCCGCCCACGGCGGGCCGGGCGGGCCCCGCCGGCUGCAGCGGAUGGGAUCCUGGUGCCCGGCAUGAGGGGCGGGAGGGCUGCGGCCAUGCGGGCGCCGGUGCCCGCCAUCGAGUUCCCUGAGGAGAGCCCGGAGCCGCGCUUUGACGAUUCGGAUGUGCCGGCGGAGCUGCGAGUUGCAAACAGUUCGCAAAAAUUUGUGAAGUUCACUUCGACCAUCCAGAACCAGCUGCUGCUUGUGUCACUGCUGGAGCAUCUCUGCCACAUGUACACGCACAACCCCGUUCACUCCAGGGGCUUGUUCCGAAUUCUUCGUCAGACUUUCACCAGAACAGGGUUACUCUCCCCUUUUGUCUUUUGUGAUGAAUUUAGUACUAUAAGACUGCAGCACAACAGAGCUGUUACUGAGCUGAUGAAAGCAGCUAAUCAACGAGUGCUUAAAGGGGAACUUGAUAACGGAGAGUCUCUUGCAAUUGGGGAAAAAGAAGUUCUCUUUGAAGCACAGACUUCACGAUACUUGAAUGAAUUUGAGGAGGUUGCAAGGCUAGGAAGUGGAGGAUAUGGCAAAGUAUACAAGGUCAGAAACAAGUUAGAUGGUCAGUUCUAUGCUAUUAAAAAAAUUAAAAUUAAGAAGGCUACAAGAAGAGAUUGCAUGAAGGUGCUCCGAGAAGUCAAAGUGCUGGCUGGGCUGCAGCAUCCCAAUAUUGUAGGCUAUCACACUGCUUGGAUGGAACAAGUUCAAACAGUGCAUCCAAAAGGUAAAACAGUAAUGGAGUUGCAGCCACUAGUUUUGGAGCAAAAGAAUAGCAAUGAUCACUGCCACAUCCAGAGUGUGGAAAGUGGUAGUUCAAUUAUCUUUGCUGACCUUACCUCAGAAGAAAAGAAGUCCUGUGACAGUACCAGUCCUAAAAAUGUGAAUAGAGAAUCAGUGCAGAAUAUGGAUGUGAGGAAUGACUUUACAAACAGCAAUAGCAAAGAAGGUGAGAAACCAAAUAAAGGUGAAUUAUCCACAGAACUACAAGAAGGCUUUGUAAAUAAUGAUAACAGUUUAUCAACUGAUAUGGACAAUCAUUCAACAUGGGGACCUCAUUCCAGUCUGGAUCAAGGUGCUAGCACUGAAAGUGAGUCCUGCUCUGAAAGCAAGUCCUGCUCUGAAGGAUGCUCCAAAAAUGAGGUAGCACUCUGUGGAGAGUUUGAGGUGGAAUAUCACUUGAUGCUUCAUAUCCAAAUGCAGUUGUGUGAAAUAUCCCUGUGGGACUGGAUUGCUGACCGUAAUAAAAGAUGUAACAAAAGAUCAGAGGACACUUCUAGUCCAUACCAUGUCGUGGAUGUUCACUGGACAAUGAAGAUUUUCCAGGAGGUAGUGGAAGGAGUUUGCUAUAUCCACAGCAUGGGAGUGAUGCAUCGAGACAUUAAACCUAGAAAUAUCUUUCUACAUGGAUCAGAUCAUCAGGUAAAAAUAGGUGACUUUGGAUUAGCCUGCAAGGACCUUCUUUGGGAUGAUGCAGAGCAGGGGUUUCUGACAGAACGGAUAAAUGGACUGACACAUACCUCAGGAGUGGGGACCUGCCUCUAUGCCUCACCAGAACAACUGCAGGGAUCUCACUAUGAUUUCAAGUCAGACAUGUACAGCUUGGGUGUUGUCCUGCUAGAACUCUUCCAACCAUUUGGAACAGAAAUGGAAAGAACAGAAGUCCUUACACAUUUAAGGACUGGCCAGAUUCCUCCCACUUUCUACAAGAAAUGGCCCACUCAGGCCAAGUACGUGCAACUCCUCACCAGUCCAAGGGCUGCAGAACGCCCGACAGCGCCUCAGCUCCGGGACAGUGAACUCUUCCACAGCACAGACCAGGUUAUUUCUAACCUCCAACAGAAGGUGAGACAGCAAGAAGAAGAAAUAGAGAAGCUGAGGGAGACAAUAAGACAGCUUUCUGAAGAGCAAGAUGAACAAACAAGACAAGGUUCUCCUGUUUAAAUACAGGAAGAACUAUCCUUGAUCGUGUGUUAAGUUAUAUGUUUCUUUUUUUACAUAAAAUACUUCAAUGCAUUUUCAUUUGGCUGUCUGUUCUUAAAAGGUAUUUAUCCUUUUGCCUUGACCAAAGGCUCCUGAGAAAAGAAUCACGUUGCAGUGGAAAAACUAAGAGUACAGGCUGUGUUUAUGUAGGAUUAAUUUACAUACCGUAGCCGUGUUACACAAGAGUUACAAAAAAGGAAGGUCACACCCAAAAGGCAGCUGUAAUGCUUUUAUUAUUUUAGGAUUCUGUCCAACUGUAAUACCUAAAAUACAUCUCAGAAAGGAUUCAAACAUUACAGCAGACAUGAGGUGGAGUAAGAUUAAAACAACAUCACUGUGAAGGGUAGGGGCUCACUUGAGUAGCUUCAUGACAGAGCUGAAAGGUGCCAGAUUCUCACAGGAUUUCAUCCACUUGUGCACGUUGGCGGGGGCGCUGCCGGCCGUGCCCGUCUGCUGCAGCGCGCUCCAGGCCACCACAUCAGCCAGUGUCAGUUCACUGCCCACCAGCCACGGGCUCCUGCCCAGGGCAGCGUUCAUGGAGCGCAGCACUGCUCCUCUCUCCUUGCUGCUGCCUUCCUUCAGCUGGAAGAGGGCUGUGUCCACCCAGCUGUCGAUCAGAGUCGAGGUAACUGCAUUGUACUUCUGCCCAAACAGGGAAAAGAGAAAUCGAGCGAUGUUCCCUUCUCCUUCUAUGGGGCACAUGGUUUGAAUGCUGAACUUCAUCUGGGGUUUGGGAACUGAAAUUAACAGGAAAAAAAAUGAAAGUGAAUCCAACAGAGUAAAGAAAUUACUAGAAUGGUAAUUCCAUGAUGAACAUUUGUGAUGCCAGCAUCACUGUUAAUAUCAUUAACCUGAUGAGCAGUUUUCAGUCUUGUGGGAUAAAGAGAUCACUUUUUGAAAAAUUUAGCCAAAUCUCCUCCGUAAUUUCUCUUCUAGUUACCUUAUUUGUAGAAACUAAAAAACAUUUUUUAAAAACCCCAAAACCAGAGGGUACAAACAACCCUGUCAAUGCCACGUGUAUUUUAACAGCAGUAACUAUGAACAAGAAUCUUCCUCUUCUGGCCCAGCAUGGUUCACAGCUAUGAAAAGAGAACAAAAAUGUUUCCUGCUUCUUCAUAUCCACCAUAUGUCAGCACAGGGACAAUGAGGCAUCUCUGUGUAAGGGUUUAUAGCACAAGUUUCAUUUUCUCAUCUAUUGUAAAAUAUUGAUCUACAAAUUUCCUUCUUACCAUCUUUCCAAAUCAGAGUAAAGCCCAACUGAUACUCAUGACGUGGCUGCUUCUUAGUCUGCUCUCCAAAGCAUUUCAAGAGGUUUUCUGGCACACUUUUCACUGAUGAAUGUGUGUGAACAGCUGAUAAUAUUUUGUACCGCUCACAAAGCAGACUGUGUAUCACUAACAGUGACAGUGGAGGUAGAGAAGGAUUUGCAUUGAUGACAACAUCUUUCAGGGCUCCAUAAUCCUGAAUGGAAAGUAAAACAUUCAGCAGGUAAGACACAUUCCAGAUCAUACUCAUAACUAUUGCUUUCAUUUGACACCAAAAUGUACAUAGUCAUGCAUAUGUGUAUCUGAAAUUCUAACGAUAUUAAAGUAAAUAAAUUCAAGCUUGGACAUUUAAAACUUGUUUAAACCUUUAAAUACAUUCCUUCCUUGACAUGUAAUUAAAUGGCAAUUGUAGGUUGUGUAUUGAGUUCUGAGUGUCCCAGGUUUUAAUACCCCCCUUCCAGCCCUGAAAAUGGAAUGUUGAGAAAGUACCAAUGUAGCUGCUCAACUAAACUCACCUUUCCAAGCAUCAGAUCUAAAUCUGCUCCAUUUGUUGACAAAGGAGAAAAUUCAUCAGUUUGAAUGAUAUUUGUUACAUCAAAGUCAGCAUCUGGGGUUUGUAUCAUCUUGGAGAGUCCAUCCACAGCACUCUUCAGUUCAUACAAGCGCUUCAGAAUCUCUUCCUGGCGGGAUUCAAGUGCUUGAAGUGAUGGGUCAGCCUCCUCCUACAGGAGAGGGAAAAACAAGGCCAUGUACACAUUCACUCAACUCAGUGUCAAAACAGUCUACAGCUCUCUUAAGUUCUGAAAGAUUAAAGACUUUCAAAUAGCCAGACCAUGGGCUUAUGUCUAUCAGUAAUCUCUUGUCUGUAUGAGUGUGGUGAAAUGGCAUGUUUAAUAAAUUCCUGAAAUCUU